CGCGUUGAGGCUCGAGGCGCGCGUCCGCCCCCUAGAAGGCUCGCGCCGCCGCGUCGGCUCCGUGCUCGGUCUCCCGGUCUCGCUUCCGUGAGGACUACGCUCCGCAGACUCGGCGCCCGUCCGGCUCUCACCCCCGCGUUCCUGCGACCGCCGCGGCGAAGAUGGCCUCAGGAGUACAAGUUGCUGAUGAAGUAUGUCGCAUAUUUUAUGACAUGAAAGUUCGGAAAUGCUCCACACCAGAAGAAAUCAAGAAGAGAAAGAAGGCUGUCAUUUUUUGUCUCAGUGCAGACAAAAAGUGCAUCAUUGUAGAAGAAGGCAAGGAGAUCUUGGUUGGAGAUGUUGGUGUGACCAUAACCGAUCCUUUCAAGCAUUUUGUAGGAAUGCUUCCUGAAAAAGAUUGUCGCUAUGCUUUGUAUGAUGCCAGCUUUGAAACCAAGGAAUCCAGAAAAGAAGAGUUGAUGUUUUUUUUGUGGGCACCAGAACUAGCACCUCUGAAAAGUAAAAUGAUCUAUGCAAGCUCCAAGGAUGCAAUCAAAAAGAAGUUCCAAGGGAUAAAACAUGAAUGUCAAGCAAAUGGGCCAGAAGACCUCAAUCGGGCUUGCAUUGCAGAGAAGCUAGGUGGAUCCUUAAUUGUAGCUUUUGAAGGAUGCCCUGUGUAGCUCAUCAUUCAGUGCCACAAAUGGAAAGCUUCCAUGUGUAAUGUUAUCUUCUUCUUGCUAUAUAAGUAAAGCAAAUAUAUUUAGGCCAGGGUCUUGCUGAGAGGGAGCUGUCUUGUAAUCUUUUAGAGUAAACUAAAUAUUCUAUACACGUGCAAUCAUGGCCCUAAAUAAAUCUAGAUCUGCAGUUCUAUUGGUGUGAAAUUAAAUUCUUACUGGCCUCAUGCUUGUUUUGAUGAGUUGCCUUAUAAAGAUUUUUGUUAAGCUCAGGAGUUUUAAUAAUGCAGUUCACAAAACGGGGCAAGGCCAUGUGAAGAGAAUUAUUGCAUCUGUGUUGACCUAAGUUAAUUUGUUUCUUUGCUUAGAGAAUUGGUCAUAAUCUGGUUAUAAUUUUGGUUCAAAUUCUUUAUUCUUCCUGAAACUAAACAGAAUAAUGGAAUAUAAUUCUCCCCAUAAUAUAUAACAAUACUAAUAUACUAACAUAACAGAUUAAGUUGGGCAGUUUUUUAAUCCUACCCAGUGUGUAAUGAAGAUUGCCUCAAAAUUGUGUCCACUUACGAUUCACGCUGAUCUUGCAAAAGCACUAUUUCAGGCAUGCCGAUGGAAGCAGCUCCUGCACCUGCGGUGCCUUUGCUACUCGCAGGUGGGGAGACUGGAGAGUCACCUUGCAUCUUGGAAUUGGUGGUGUGUCCUCAGGAGAAUGUGCAGUGUCUUGUAACAACUAAUUACAAUGCAAAUUAGGGCUCCAUUGUAAUGCGCUUUGUUAAUGAAAAUGAUAAAAUGAUAUAUUGAUGAGCUAGGACACCUGUGAUUUUUUAAAAAUUGCGUCUCUGUCGAAGCAUUGCUGUUUCUGGGACAGUACAGUGUGGAAGAACAUUGAGUGUGUGCUCGCGCCUGGGAGCUGUUGCUCAGCUGUGAAGCGGGGAGCGGGUGCCACGGAUGACAUUGGAAGUGAUUGUCAUUAAACAUCACAGGCAUAAAACACUUUGAACAACAUAGAGGUGCACAGUCAAACUUAGAAGUAGCAGUUACUGGCUUUAUGUAAUAAAGGAAGCAUUUAUAACUUAA